CCUUCCGCUCAGUGAAACUUCAGGCUGCAGCUCAGGAAGUUACCACAGGCACUCCGCUCCACUGAUAUCGCCUGCAUCCCGCUGCUUCAGUCCAGGUUUACGAACCGUUGUCCAAUCAAACAGAACCGGAGAACCGGAACUCGCAGCUGUUUAGACUCAUCUACCAGAGAACCGAGCUGAACCUCCGCAGUGCUGAAGUUAACAGAUUACCGAGCUGGCAGAGAUGUUUGAGAUCAAACGGAUCUGUUGCAUCGGAGCCGGGUACGUAGGUGGCCCAACAUGCAGCGUAAUCGCUCAGAUGUGCCCGGAGAUCACGGUGACCGUCGUGGACGUCAACGAGACGCGCAUUAAAGCCUGGAACUCAGACACUCUGCCCAUUUACGAGCCGGGACUGAAAGAAGUGGUUGAAUCAUGCAGAGGGAAAAACUUGUUCUUCUCCACAGACAUUUCCUCAGCCAUUAAGGACGCCGAUCUUGUCUUCAUCUCCGUCAACACCCCAACCAAAACCUAUGGAAUGGGGAAGGGUCGCGCCGCCGACCUGAAGUUCAUCGAGUCGUGCGCUCGGCAGAUCGUAGAGGUCUCCGAUGGCUACAAGAUCGUCACGGAGAAGAGCACCGUCCCCGUGCGAGCCGCCGAGAGCAUCAGGCGGAUAUUUGACGCCAACACCAAACCCAGCCUGAACCUGCAGGUGCUGUCCAACCCCGAGUUCCUCGCAGAGGGAACGGCGGUGCGGGAUCUCAAGGAGCCCGACCGCGUCCUGAUUGGUGGGGACGAGACGCCGGAGGGUCAGAGGGCGAUCAAAGCGCUUUGUGCUGUGUAUGAACACUGGGUGCCCAAAUCCAGAAUCAUCACUACGAACACCUGGUCGUCUGAGCUCUCCAAACUGGCAGCCAAUGCUUUCCUGGCCCAGAGAAUCAGCAGCAUCAACAGCAUCAGUGCUCUGUGUGAGGCCACAGGAGCCGACGUGGAGGAAGUGGCCAAGGCCAUCGGAAUGGACCAGAGGAUAGGCAGCAAGUUCCUCAAAGCCAGCGUUGGUUUCGGUGGGAGCUGCUUCCAGAAAGAUGUGCUCAACCUGGUGUAUUUGUGCGAGGCCCUCAAUCUGCCGGAGGUGGCGUCCUACUGGCAGCAGGUGAUAGACAUGAAUGAGUACCAAAGACGACGAUUUGCUUGUCGGAUCAUCGACUGCCUCUUCAACACCGUCACCGGCAAAAAGAUCGCUCUGCUGGGGUUCUCUUUCAAAAAAGACACAGGUGACACCAGAGAGUCAUCCAGCAUCUACAUAUCAAAGUAUCUGAUGGAUGAGGGGGCCAAGCUGUUUAUCUAUGACCCCAAGGUUCUUAAACAGCAAAUCAUUCAUGACCUGUCCCAGCCCAGCAUCUCAGAGGACAACCCAGAAAGAGUGUCUGAGCUGGUGACUAUAACGUCAGAUCCUUAUGAGGCCUGCCAGAGCGCUCAUGCGUUGGUCAUCUGCACGGAGUGGGACAUGUUUAGGGAACUGGAUUACGAGAAGAUUUACAAGAAAAUGCUGAAGCCGGCCUUCAUAUUCGACGGUCGCAGAGUCCUUGACCACCUCCAUGCCGAGCUGCAGAGCAUCGGCUUUCAGAUCGAGACCAUUGGAAAGAAAGUGACUUCUGCUCGAAUCCCUUAUACCCCUGCAGUCGUUGGGUCUCGCACCGCUUCUACUGAGCCUCCAACCAAGAAGGCAAAAGCCUAAAGCUGAAUUCUCCCCCCAGCAGCAGGCAACUUUCCUCCUGCUUCCUUUUCAUUUCAACAGCAGAAGGGCCUGAGUAGCGUCCUGCCACCUGCUGGCCACACAGCAGGCCUGCAGCUUCUCUGCUACCUGGACGGACGACUGAAAGUGAUUACAGAUCAAAUAUUUUUUAUAUUAAAUCAUUCCAUGUGCACCAAUAACUUUACAUCACACCCAGAACAGUAUUUCACACAGACACACAUCAGAUGACCUGUUUUUUUAUAUAAACACUAUAAACACAAGUCAUUUCUUAUAUAAUUUACUAUAUAAUGAAGUACUGUCCUUAAAUGCAAAGUUUUAUAUAAUUAAAAAAAAAACAAUUUUUAUAAAUCAUGUUGCUGUAUGUUAAUCUUCCGUGUCAGGAUGUUCACCUGAAGGGCCAAUGCAAUAAAAUGUGAGUCUAUAAUUUGUACUGAACGCUUGUAAUCUAAAUCUUUAGAUACAAAUAUACUUUUCUCCAAUAAAUCUGUCUUUUUAA